AGAGAGAGAGAGAGAGAGAGAAAGAGAAAGAGGAAGAGAGGAAGAGAGAGAGAGAGAGAGAGGAAGAGAGAGAGAGCGCAGGAGGGACGCACGCCCUCCUCCGUCAGUCCCUCCAGCCACGCACACACUGUGGCCGUCAGCUGCUGUCUGUCUGCAGUGCGCAUUAGGACCGUGUGUACACACCGUGUGUGGGAUACAUCGGACUGUGAGCCACAGAGAUACAAGUGUCCGGAGUCAAAGGGACGAGAGUGAACAGCAUUUUCCAUUUGCAUUGUCUGACUGUGUUGCCGGAGGAUCGAGAUGAUGGAGACCAAACUCCGGACUGUCCUUUGUGCGCUGCUGCUGCUGCUGCUUGGUAACUUGGGAUCCGCUGAACACGGUAAUGACCAUGCUGCUGCCUCACAAAGUGCUCUUGGCGUCGAGCUGGCCACCGAGGCCCCAGCUGCAGACUCUACCCUGAAGCCCAGCAGUCAUCCGGCUCCGGCACCAAACGGCUCCGACACAGACCAAAGCUCCGGUGGCACCGGAAGUUUGAGCGGCAAUGCAACUACAGACGGGGAGACCACCUCUCAAGCUCCAGAACCAAAGAAGGAUAACGAUACCAACCUCGCCUUUCCCUCGGCGUCUGCCGUUCCUGAAAACAGUUCCAACCUAACUGAAGAACUGACAACAAAGUCUCCAAUUCUUCUAACUGAGAGCCACACCACCACUUCUCACACCUCACCUACCACCACCACCACCACCACCACCACCUCUACAAGCCCCCCACACACAGCUCACAAUGCCCCCGCAGACACAGUGACCAACAACACAUCAAACGAUGAAUCCAUCUCAACCUCAGAGCAGCCCACCCUACCCAAAACACAGUCUCCCACUUCUGCCCCAACACCUGAGCCACCAAAGCCUGAAACCACCACCACCACCACCACCACCACCACCAGCACCCGGUCCAGUUCCACAUCCAGCACCUCCUCCUCUCGAGAGUCGCAGACGCUCACACCUCCACACACUUCACGCACUUCCCACGCACCCCAGGACCGGGCAAAGUCCACCAGCGCCCCAUCGAGCAGACCCACCGCCCAGGCCGAGGCCCACGCCGACACGCCCUCCCAGCUCAACGUGGGUGGCGACCCGAUGAUGGUCCACGAGUCCCCCACACUAGACCCUCUCCUGGCCGGCCUGGUGACAGCCUUCAUCGUCACUGCUGUCAUCAUCACUCUGCUCCUCUUCCUCAAACUGCGCCGAAGAGACAACCGACCUGAGUUCCGCAGGCUGCAGGAUUUACCUAUGGACGAUAUGAUGGAGGACACACCUUUGUCCAUGUACAACUACUGACGGAGACAUGACUGAAAUCUUCGGCACGUAAACACUCUCCCUCAAUCCAGGCUCGUGCUCCAGCGUUUGCCUUAAUCUGCACCAAACAGAAAGAAUUCUGGGUAGGUGUGAGCAAAUAUCUGGCUUGCUUUCAUUUAUCCAGAUCAUUGGCGUGUAGGAAAGGACAUGAUUGAAGCCGCAAUGGACAAUGAAGAAAUCACCCGUGGUGGGAUUCCUUGAGAAAUUCUAUUUCAAUGCCUGCAUUUACAAAUUAGGGCGAAUGCAUCUGUUCAAUAAGGUAUGGUUAAUAUUCCCCUGCCCAUCUUUUGGGGUUGUAUAAGAUAUUUUUGAUCUCCCUAGAUGAAAAGUGUAGGCGUGAAGCACAAGGAAACAUCAUCAGUUGUAUCCGUCCGUGUGAUGGUUUUCACCUGGACACAGAUUCAGCCUGUCCUGCCAGACUCUUAUCAGAUGGCACUUGUUAAUCUCCUUCCAUCAGUCAAUGUUGUAAAGUCUGGCAGACUGAAGGCCUGUAGCAUUCUGACCGGGGAGGCCAGAGAUUAGAAAUGAACAGGAAAAAAAAACCCAAACGGCCUGAUUAUAGAGUAAAUGAGGUUGCACUUUACUUUGAGGAGUGGAAAUAAGUGGACGAAUAUUUUUUACGAAUGAGAGAAAAAUAUGUUUUGUGUUUGUACGUAUACAGAGAGUGCAGUGCACACAUCACGGUCUGUGUUUUAUGUGUGUGUAUGAUUAUUUUGGAGGCAUGGUGGAUAUAUUUAAUGUUUUUUCCCCCUCUGGGAUAGGUCCUGCCGCCUUUAUGCCUGAGUUGGAUAUGUGUUGUGCUCUUUUGUUUCUUUCCUGGCGUCUCCAGCCCAGGAGAGUGUGCCUUACACAGCAUAGGUACAGCUCUUAAUGUUUACUAUUUAUACUGCAACCAACUAACUUGCAGAUUUACCAGUCUUUUCCAGUAUAUUUUUUCCCCCAUCGUAAGGCCCACUGACGGCCCAGUAGCUGCUCUGACUUGUCUUUGUUUGAAGACUCGCCUUGAGCGUGAUUAACAUGAGGCGCUCCUGUUGCAGACUGAAAUUGGCCAGGGGCCUGUGCAUUGUAAAUACUACUGAUGAUGACUGUUCCAUGCAAAGACGACUUUAUGAAACUUUUUCGCCUUAUUUGCUACUCUAGCGUUCACCAGACACAAACACGUAGAAAAUGUUACAUGGACUGGCGCGACGGCACCUUGUUCCCAGCAGGCGAGUUGAGAAUUAUUCCAUAGAUUUUUAUUGUCAGGCCUCGCUGUAUUUUUCGCUUUGUAAAUGUGCAGGAACAUGUGAGUGGAGGUGAGACACAUACAGGACAACAGAAUGACCCCGUCAAUACAAAUCAUACACAACCCGUAGUUAGUUAAAGACGCAACAGGCAACUGUCACGCCCCUGGUGGUCCCAGGUGGUAUCAUUGUAGGACUUUUCCUCCGAGCUCCUGAGCAACUUGUCAACAUCACUUUGAAAGAUAACGGGGGAGAGGAAAGAAGUUUGUACACUGAAGCUCCUACUUUCUGUCUCUGAGCGUUAACUAACUAAACAAACUUAAAAAUCACAAUUUGAACAAAUAACCUCUAGUUAAAUAGCCAGUAGUAUUAAUAAGUAGGCUGGUUUCGUUACUUACUGAUCUAGUAGAAGGACGACAACCCGCAUGUCCUUUUCGAAGCCUCUCAAGUCAUGGAGCUCUCGCCAUGCAGUGACUGCUCGUCCGAGGUUGAUCUCUUUUUCUAUCGCUCUCCUCCUUCGCCUGCUUUUGUUCUUUGCCUAUUGUUUUUCUCAUGCAAGGUUGUGUUUGACAAUUCGGCCGUUCCACCUUCUGCCAUUUCCCUCACUGGGGACAGAUUCCAGGAGAACGCUGUUCUCUUCCUUGUUUUGGUUACACAACGGGUGACGCCGUGAAUCGACUCGCCAUUUUUCCGCGAAAACCGUGUCCCGGUGGCAAAGAGAAUAACAUGGGGAAAUUAAGUCUUGUAGGGGACCAAUACAGGCGCAAUAUGGUUGAAUUUUUCUAUCACCAUUACACUUUGCAUUCAGUUUUAAUAUCAUAAUGACACGUUUAAGCCAAAAAUGUGCAUGUUUCUGCUUUAAGAUGAGAACUUGUACAUCAAGCGUAUGAACUGGAGCUUAACGUUGUUUGGUAUACAUUUUUGUGCCACCAAAAAAAACAUCAAAACUGGAAAUGAAUAUGAUUCCCAAAACAUAAAAGUGCCUUAAUGGGGUGUUAAGCCCCCAGAUCAGCUUCAGUGCUCCAUGGCACAGAUUCUUGUCACAGAUGGUAGUCGGGAGUCUGACAUGUUGGUACAAAAUCUACCAUAGGUGGGGUGAGAUCUGAUGAAUGUGAAGGCCAUAAAAUAUGAUUCACAUCUUUUUCAUACUUGUCAAAUCAUUCAGUGAAUCCUUAUCAUCCAUAUGCACAACCAGUAUUAAAAAAUAGACACUUGAAAUUCCUGAUUUAGGGGCAAACGUGUCUGUAAAUUCCUGUAUUUGUCCAUUUCUUUACGUGUCAAAAGUAUCCUGACUGCAUUAAUGAGGCUUUGCUGCCAAGUGUGGAUUAUAGACUAUUGGUGUUGUACGAUUAAAGGUAUUUUGACACAAA